AUGUUGAACCACCUGGAAACUGGUCAAAACCCAGACCACGUGCUCCAGGGAACAGGCGUCAAACAUGGCUCAGAUUCCAGAAGACCAGCACCAGGUUCCACUGUGGAGCCCGAGGACGCACCACGUUUCCUCAGCUGUUACUGCUAUGGUCAUUGCCCAGACGAUGCAAAGAAUAAUACCUGCAUGACAAAUGGACAGUGUUUUGCCAUUAUUGAAGAGGAUGAAAACGGGGACGUGUUCCUAAGCUCGGGCUGUAUGAAAUAUGAAGGCUCACAUUUUCAGUGCAAGGAUUCACAGUUUGCCCAGACAAGACGAACUAUCGAGUGCUGUCAGUACGACUUCUGUAAUCAGGAUCUGAAGCCUGAGCUGCCUCCCAGAGAGUCAGAAGCAUUUUUGGCUCCUCAUUGGCUGGCGUUUCUCAUCUCGGUCACUGUGUGCUGCUGUACCCUUGUCUGCCUCACCGUGGUCUGCUACUACAAGUAUAAAUGGCAAACUGAGAGGCAGCACUACCACAGAGACCUGGAGCAAGGUGAAGCCUUCAUUCCAGAUGGAGAAUCUAUCAAAGAUCUUAUCGACCAGUCUCAGAGCUCAGGCAGUGGUUCUGGGCUCCCCCUGCUGGUGCAGCGUACUAUUGCAAAGCAGAUCCAGACAGUGCGUCUAGUGGGGAAAGGUCGCUGUGGUGAGGUGUGGCUGGGUCGCUGGAGAGGGGAGAAGGUGGCAGUGAAAGUGUUUUUCACACGGGAAGAAGCUAGCUGGUUCAGAGAGACAGAAAUUUACCAGACUGUCCUUAUGAGGCAUGAAAACAUACUGGGUUUCAUAGCAGCUGAUAUAAACGGUACGGGCACGUCGACCCAGCUGUACCUAAUCACAGAUUACCACGAGAACGGUUCUUUAUACGAUUACCUGAAGUUCACCACUCUAGACACCCAAGCUUUGCUUAGGCUGGCGUACUCAGCAGCAUGUGGCCUGUGCCACCUUCACACUGAGAUCUAUGGCACGCAGGGCAAACCAGCCAUCGCCCACAGAGACCUGAAGAGUAAGAACAUCCUGGUCAAGAAAAACGGCACCUGCUGCAUCGCUGAUCUAGGACUGGCUGUCAAAUUUAACAGUGAUGGUAAUGAGGUGGACAUUCCUUUGAGCACUCGUACCGGAACCCGUCGCUACAUGGCUCCAGAGGUCCUAGAUGAGAGCCUGAAUAAGAACCACUUUCAGGCCUACAUCAUGGCUGACAUCUACAGCUACGGCUUGGUCCUGUGGGAGAUGGCCAGACGCUGCGUCACAGGAGGUAUAGUUGAGGACUACCAGCUGCCAUAUUAUGACAUGGUCCCCUCAGACCCUUCAUACGAGGACAUGGUGCAGGUAGUGUGUGUGAAAAAUCUGCGGCCCACCGUCUCAAACAGAUGGAACAGCAACGAGUGCUUAAGAGCCAUGCUGAAGCUGAUGUCGGAGUGCUGGGCUCAAAAUCCAGCGUCACGGCUUACCAUUCUACGAGUCAAGAAGACGUUAGCCAAAAUGGUGGACUCGCAGGACAUUAAAAUCUGAGCCUCGUUCUUAUUCAGUUUGUUGGCAGGGGCCGUCAGAAACAUCCGAUUCUCAACGGAAGGUUCCAUCAUGCACCACGGGAGACCUGAGAGAAUUCAUACGCUGAAACCUGAUCUCGAUUUAUUUUGAUGCCGUCUUUGCUCCAUUCCUGCUUGACCAGCGAAGAAAACGUGGAGCUGUUUCUGCUUUCUGUGAAAGCUGUACAAUAACAGGUUGUGAAACUGCUGAAAUGAAUCAUGGGACAGAUGGAGAACUGACCAUUCUGCCUUACACACCAAGCCAAUUUUUGCCUUUUUUUACUGGGAUGAAACUCAUUUUCUGCCAUAUGGGAAAAACAAGUGACUCUUUGCCAAGAGCAAAACAGACUUGCUUUAAUAUGUAAAUAAAAUUUUAAUAUUUGACUAUACGCAAUAUCAAAAAGUAUGAAAGGUUUUACUUAUUGUAGCUGUACACACAGCCACUUGUUUUAUGCUCUUUUUAAGUCUAAAUAAUAUUACCAAUAGAGGUACGACAUCAAGUUUAACCAAAUCUGGUACGAAUCUGGAUUAUUUAUAGCUUGUACAAGUCGAACUGGUGGUAAUUUCAGAGCAACCAUAUGAAAAUCCUUGUGCGGAUGUAAAAAGCUGGUAAUAUUUAAUAAUUCAAAUCACCCUUUAUAUGGAACCUUCACCCCUACAAAAGAACAUGACUGGAUAUUUGAGGUGAUUUGUAGAAUUGUCAAAAUUCGCUUGUUUGCUAUUUUUAGUUACCUUUAGUUGCGUGGGAGAUUGAAUACAGUUUAAAUACGGCUUUAGAUUCAAAAACUACACUACACACUAAAUCCCACAUCUUUUUGUUUUAUGAAAAUAUUGUAUACUUGUAGUCUAGUUUAGUUAUAAAAAUGAAUACUGUCUUAUAUGUAGCUUCUUUAAAGCCUGAUGCUUUGGCCCCAUACAUAACAAACAGUCCAGUACUGACAUCUUAUUGAGCUCCUGAGAAAAUAAUCUGACGUACAUUCAUUCAUUAUUUUAUAAGCAACACCUAGUGCACAUUUCCACUUUGUGGGUGUACAGUUACUUACUUUAGCCCAAAUGUUGCCCCCCGUCACCCCUCUGUACCCAAUUUAUUCAUUAAAACGGACCCCUAGUGGUCAGAUGUUAUUUGGAUGGUUGACUAAUCCCAGCACUGCAGUGAUACUGACAUGAUAGUGUGAGUUGUUUUGGAGUGUAGCAGGUACAGCAGGUACAUGUUGGCAGUUGUAGCCCGGUGGUUAAGGUACUGGUCUGGUUAUCAGAAGGUUGCUGUUUCAAGCCCCACCACUGCCAGGUUGUCACUGUUGGGCUUUUGAGCAAGGCCCUUAACCCUCAAUUGCUUAGACUGUAUACUGUCACACUACUGUAAGUCACUUUGGAUAAAAAGUGUCUGCCAAAUGCUGAAAAUGUAAAUGUCAGUAAUCUGAGAACAUUAGUGCUCCAAACCAAAAAUAUAAAGCCAACAGCAACCUGUGAUCAAACAUUGUCCACUGAUAAAAGACUAAGACAGAUUAACACAGAGAAUAUUGUGCAUAAAAAAGAAAAGGCUCUAGUCUCUAACUGCACCACAAGAGGCUAAUAAGUUUAAACAGCUCUUAAAACAGCACCUGAUUCACUCAUAUCAAAAAUUCCUAAUUUCACAAAACAAAUCUGCAAACUGGAAGCAAAAUAUAUAUUUAUGUAAUAUUUAAAGCUAUAAAAAUAAUAAUAAGAAGAAAAACAAGAAUAGUAAUUAAAAUUAGUUCA